AUGGCCAUCAAGAGCGUCCCCAAGCAGUCGUUGACGGUGAUCGACAACCGCACUGGAAAGGCUUAUGAGCUGCCCAUCACGCACAACUCCGUGCUCGCCACUGACAUCAAGAAGAUCAAGGCAGAGCCGCAAGGUGACCGGCCCGAGGAUGAGACGAACCAAGGCCUCAGGGUCUACGAUCCUGCUUACAUGAACACGGCCGUGGUUCAGAGCAAGAUCACCUACAUCAACGGCCAAGAUGGAAUCCUCCGCUACCGUGGGUAUCCCAUCCAACAACUGGUCGACAAGAGCAACUUCCUCGAGUCGGCAUUCUUGCUCAUGUAUGGAGAGCUACCCACCAGCACCCAAAGCAGCAACUGGCAGGAUGAAAUCAUGCACCACACUUAUAUCCACAGCGACAUCGAGGCCAUGUUCAAGUCUUUCCGCUACGACUCUCACCCCAUGGCCAUGCUGACCUCUGCGUUUGCCACCAUGGGCGCCUUCGCACCCGAGGCGAACCCCUCUCUGCAAGGCCAGAAGCUGUUCACCAACGCCGCGUCCGGAGAUCUGGAGGCGCUCAAGGUCCUCGACAAGCAGAUCCUUCGCAUCAUUGGCAAGGCUCCCACUCUUGCGGCGGCGUCCUACCGCAUGCGACAGGGCCGCCCCUUCAACCGACCAGCGCAGGGCCUCUCUUACACGGGCAACUUCCUGUAUCUGCUCGACCAUCUGUCUGGCAGCGAGUACCGCCCACACCCCGUGCUUGAGAAGGCGCUCGACGCGCUAUUCAUCAUCCACGCGGACCACGAAGUCAACUGCUCCACGGCGACGGUGCUUCAGGUCGGCAGCUCCCUGGUGGACCCUUACAGCGUCGUGGCAGCCGGCUGCGCAGCGCUCUACGGCCCGUCCCACGGCGGCGCCUCCGAAAGCGCCAUCCGCAUGCUGAUGGAGAUUGGAUCUCCCGAGAACGUUCCCGCCUUUAUGGAGAAGGUGGAGAAGCGCGAGCGAGUCCUGGUCGGGUUUGGCCACCGCGUCUACAAGAACGUCGACCCGCGCUCCACCGCGAUCCGCCAGCUUGCCGAGGACGUCUUCAAGGUCACCGGCCGGAACCAGCUCCUCGACACCGCUCUGACCCUUGCCAAGUACGCCAGGGAGAGCGAGUUUAUGCGCAGCCGAAACCUGUACCCCAAUGUGGACUUUUACUCAGGCUUGAUCUACCAGGCUAUGGGCUUCCCUCUCGACUUCUACCCUGUCCUCUUCGCUGUUCCCCGAUGUGUUGGCUGGUUGGCCCACUGGAGGCAGCAAAUGCUCAACCCCUCGGGCGUGAAGAUCUGGAGGCCUAGACAAUUGUACCUGGGCCACGGACAGAGGGACUACGUUGAGGUUGAGGACCGCCAAGUCAAGGCGGAUGGCACAGUAUUCGAUGGACCGACCCAAGUUGAACACGGAGGAGACAGCAAGAGGAACCACCUUGCAACUUACAAGGAUGAGAGUGGCGUAAUCCUGAAGCCCAAGCUUUGA